AUGGCGACGGAACCAGUUGAGAACGAACUGGAUUGUGUUCUAGAGGAUGUGUGGAUUGAAGUUCUGUUACCUUUGCUGUCAAUUCGCGACAUCUUUCAGCUCUGUGCUGUCAACAGGCACAUCCGAGAUCUGUUGCUGAAGGAGUGCAUAUUUAGACGUCUCUGUCAGCAACGCUAUCAGCUAAGUCCUUCUUUGAACACGUCCUACAUCAGUGCUGCGAAAAAUAUGUACAUCUCCAUUUGCGUAGUUAGCAUGGAUUCAAACCUGAUUUGGGACAACUACAGGCUUGCUACCAGUGAUUUAUCCGAACAAGAUCUUCUAACAUAUGCGUCCCAAAGGAAUAUCCUCCAGCGGAGAUCUCGAUUGCCUGCCCAACAAUUGAGCUUAGCUCGGACUCUCCUGGACACGCCGCGUCUUGCCACACAGAGGUUACUUGUCCAAGAUCAGAAGCUGACCAUAGAAGAUGUUAGCGCCCAAUUGACGCCUGUAUUUGGUGGAACACUAAACAAAGUGACGAAAACCCUACACGAACGUUUCGACUCCCAUGAAGAGUACCAGCAAGAUCUUUUGAAUAAGCUGGAGCAGGAUGUUCCAAAGCUGGUCCCUUACUUGCCACUGGCGUACCGCUCACGGAGACUUAUAGAGCUUGCACACUGCUUUCACUGCAUUAUAGCCAGAGACCCAACCAUGUUCUCACGGUUUCAACAGGAUAUGAGCAACUUACCUGGCCGUCCAGUUCAAACGUUCACGUGGGCCCAUCAGCAUGCCCUGUACGACCUCCAUUGGAAACCUGUGUAUGAACUCGGGUCUGCUGCACCAGCUGCCGGUAUGCUAUGGACCAGGAUUUUUAUUGACGCCAUUGCUCAACUUUCGGGAGAUUAUUCUGUUAUCAGGCUGCUGAUCACAGGAAAGCUUCGGACAUCGCAGACGAACGAUUACUUCAAUGCUGUCACUGAGUACAACAACAUCUGGAAAGAUUUGCCGGAGGCCACUCGCCCCAAUCUUCAAGUUAUACAUCAUGAGUUGGGAACAUUCCUCCUCUCAUCAACAUCAGCUUUGCACUCUAGAAACGAAUUUACCAAAAUGGAAUUGGUAAACGCCAUGGAAAUGAUUGGCAAUAAUCUUGUUGACGAAGCAACUCGCAAAUCCGAUACGACUCUGACCACGCAAAGGUUGAUUUCAUGAAUCACCCUGUCAUCCGACUUUUAUGAUAUAACCCAAUACCACAAUUUCAAACAUGCCUGCCUCCCGUUUUCCCAGGCUAGUACCCAUCACUCAUGUCUGCGCAUUUCGCCAGUUUCAAGUGGAACCUUUUGGAGUGUUGAAAUGUUUAUGAACUGGAAUAUGAAUAUUCACGGUAUAUCUAUAUUUUCUCAUCUACAUGACU